ACUCAGCACAAGCCUAGGCACAUAUUAAUCUUCGCAACAGCAUUUAUAGUCCACUGCAUUCAAGUUGGACAAGACAAAAGGAGCGGAAUGUGCCCAGGGCGGUUUGUGUUAGUAUGAGAGCAGAUCGGGGGCUGCACAGACUCACAGGAGACUCCUACCGACAGUCAUUUACAGCUCUGAUACACGCUAAAACCUAAGGUUUACCUCACGAAACAGACACCAUACAAAUCAAACCGUGAGUAUGCUAAGAUCUUGUCGUGUGUGGAAUAUCCUCUCCUGAUAAAACUGCGAAAAUAACCCAAAAUGCUGAGUAUUUGGACCCUCCUUGCAACUGCUGUUUGUGCAGUGUCAGUUUCUGCAGCAUCUCAAAAGCUCGUAAUCCAUGGCCGUCAGCUGAGUCUGGAUCUUCCUGAGAGGACAAAGAGGUUGGUGUUUGUUAGUGCUGAUGAGAGUGAAGAAAUGACUAUCUGGGAACACAAAACCACUUCUCUUUGGGCAAAUAAGCCGAGUAAAGGUGACGUGAGCAGCGCCAGCGAGGGCUGGACGUUCAGAAUCAGUUACGUUACGUUUGACGAUCAGGGAAUCUACACCCUCUACAAUCACUUUGGUUCAGUCAUCUCCAGUUAUAUAGUAAAGGUCAAGAGCAGCAGAGAAGUCCUCAGUCGUAUCGCAGGUGAAACUCUGAGCAUAUCUCUGGAAGGACUCAAGCAGAGUGAUGCCACACUUCACUUUUACAGCAAUUAUUCAUCUGUCACCCUGGUGGAGACUGGAGUUCCUGUGGCACUGAACCACCCAGACUACAUCAACCGGCUUAAAGUCAACAGCAGAUCCAUUCAGAUUCUCAACGUGAACACAACAGAUUUAGGCAGAUACGAGCUCACCGAUCUGAAAGGAAGGCUUGUCUCAAACAAUACAAUGAUAUUAGUGGAUCACCAUGACAAUGUUCCAAAUAAAGGUCUUAUUGCUCUGCUGCUGCUUGGGAUUCCUGGAGGAAUCUGCUUCUGCUGCAGAAAGAGAAUUUGUAAAAGAUGCCAGACGUCUAAAUCAUACACACAAGCAGAGCAAUUAAACACUGUACCGAUGUCUGUACCUUGCAGCAACACAGUGACAGAUCCUGCUGGUCCUGCUGGUCCUGUUGGUCCUCUAGGUCCUGGAGACCCUGGUCAGGGCUACAUCGCUGGUUAUCCGCCUCAUCCAGCUCAAGGUCAAAUUCACUAUCCUCCUCAACCAGACUCGAGCGGACAACCUGCUGUUCCUCCUAACCCUGGCUUUUAUACGGAGUAUGGGCCUCAAAACCCUGUCUAUCCUCCUUCCUUUGGACCUGGACUCCCCCCGGCUCAGCCGCCCCAGUGGAAUGCCCCCCCGCCCCAGUACAACACCUCUGCACCUAUGAACUAUACACCAGUAUUGAACAGUGCUCCUCCUGGUCCUGAACUCCCGCCCACUGCAGCCCUGCUCACACCUCACCCUGAGUCGCAGCCGUCUAUUUCUAUGGAUAUCCUUAACUCCAGUGACACUGGUGUCCAGUUUGACAUUAACAAAGGAAAGUCUUCAGGCAGCAACUUUCUGUAGUUGCUCCAAAAUCCUGAAUUAUCAGUGCAAGAAGUAUAAAAACACCUGAUUAGAUUCAUUCAACAUCUCAGCCUUAAAAAAAGAACCAAUAGGAUCUUAAAUAAAACUUCUGUUUUAGUAUCUUAUGAGAUAAGCAGAUGAUAUAUAUAUAAAUUUAUAUAAAAAUGUACUGUAUCUAGAAUCUUAAUGAAAUUUUUACCUCAACACCAUUAGUUAUGGCCUACCUCCACCUUUCAGGCUAAAGAGGGUAUAUUCUAUACUUUUGUGUAGAACUACAUGUAAUAAGCAGUUUUUUAUUUGACUAUUGUACACAUCUAUAUGCUAUAGAUAGAUAGUUUUAAUGUUUUGCCAGCUAUAUGCUUACCUCGGUCUUCUGAGAGAUGUAGAGUUGUGCAACAACAACAUAAAUCUGUAACCUGAGAAAACUAAAAUAUACAAUGUUUUUUUUUUUACCUGCUUAAACCACAGCAAUCUGAUCAUGUGAAAACAUUACAGGAUUUAUGGAUUUAUUAUUUACUUGAAUACAUAUAAUGCAUGUUACUAAAAAUGCCUGCAAGAGAAUUGAAAUGUAUUAAAAAAGUGUUUCAGGGAAUUUUCUCAACUAUUGUGCCAGUAGAUGCAUUUCUUUAGGACCUUUUCAUAGUGCUUUUAGUUAGCUAGAACAUAAAAAAUGCUGCACAUUUAUACUUGAAUCUUGAUAAUAUGUGUGACAUUUUGUAUUAUGAUUUUUGUUGUAGCUAAAUAUAGAUGCCUUACUUUAACUGCCCUUCAUAUUGCAAUGUACACUGAGACAACAAAGGCCUACCAUUGUUCUUUUAAUAAAAUAAAAUACUGCUAUAAAUUUCUGAACCAGGGUUGCAUUUACUGUUCACAUGAGAAUCUAAAAUAUGUAUUUUAUUAUUUUGUCUGACGUAUAGUGCUAACUGGCAAUGUCUUUU